AGGCUGUGUCAGAUUUUGGAUACGUUAGGAGAACCAUCCGAAUCUGAAGUACAUUAGUUCGAAAGAGUAGUGAGACUGUAAAAGCGCAACACAGUGCAAAAUACAUUCCUUUGAUCGGGAAAGAAAAAAACAAACACUGAGAGAUGGCUAUGGAUAAACACUCGAAUAUUGGAUUCCACAACUUAGACACCGUUCCGUGUCAGACGAAUGCGAACAGAAAACUGUCGCGGACUCUGGGGACUACUGCGUCUCGACCGUCGAGCACGGAAACGCUAGACAGUCCUACAGGUGCCCAUGUGGAAUGGUGCAAACAGUUAAUUGCAGCUACAAUCUCAAGUCAAAUAUCAGGACCCAUAGUAUCAGAAUCCAUCUCUCGAGACUACAAGGACUAUGAUGUUGACGUUAAAGGAUUUCUCUUGGACAGUGAUCCUCAGCACACAGCCUCAUCCUUGGCACUGAGGGAAUGUAACAAGCUAGCACAGUUGGAGGAGGCUCCACGCAUACCUGGCGAGACCAUCAAAGCCAUAGCCAAAGAUGUCAUGUACAUAUGUCCUUUCUCUGGAGCUGUGAGUGGCACCCUGACCAUCACUGACUACAAGCUUUACUUCAAGAGCCUCGCUCGGGAUCCUCCGUUUGUUUUGGAUGUGAACCUGGGAGCUAUCAGCAGGUUGGAGACUAUCGUGGUGCAAAGUCAUGGAGAAAACACACGAGGCCUAGAGAUAGUCUGCAAAGACUUGAGAAACCCAAGGUUUGCCUAUAAAAAGCAGGAACAGAGCAAGCUGGAGAUCCUUGAGAUGUUGUCCAAGUAUGCCUUCCCCCUCUCUCACGACUUGCCUCUCUUUGCCUACAAGUACCAGGAGAAGUUCCCAAAAGAUGGCUGGAAGGUCUAUGAUCCUAUAAGUGAAUACAAGAGACAGGGCCUGCCCAAUGAGAGCUGGCUCAUCAGUAAGAUCAACAGCAGUUAUGAUGUGUGCGACACGUACCCAGCCGUGCUGGUGGUGCCGGCGAACAUCGGCGAGGACGAGCUCCGGAGGGUGGCUGCCUUCAGGGCCAAACGCCGCUUCCCCGUGCUGUCAUGGAUUCAUCCUGAGAGUCAGGCGGCUAUAGUGCGCUGCGGACAGCCUCAGGUCGGCCCCUCCGACCACCGCUGCAGAGAGGACGAGCGUUACCUCCAGACCAUCCUGGAUGCCAGCGCCCAGUCUCACAAGCUCUGCAUCUUUGAUGCACGGCAAAGCAGUGUGGCCGACACCAACAAAGCCAAAGACGGAGGCUAUGAGAACGAGAAUUUCUACCCUAACGCUGAGCUGAACUUUCUGGAGAUUCCCAAUAUCCACGUGAUGAGGGAGUCCCUGCGCAAGCUGAAGGAGGUGGUCUACCCGACCAUCGAUGAGCAGCACUGGCUGUCUGCUGUGGAUGCUACACACUGGCUCGAAUACAUCAGGCUGCUGCUGGCCGGUGCAGUGCGGAUCGCCGACCGGGUGGAGGCUGGGAAGAGCUCGGUGGUGGUGCACUGCAGUGAUGGCUGGGACCGCACGGCUCAGCUCACCUCGCUGGCCAUGCUGAUGCUGGAUGCGCACUACCGCUCGCUCAGGGGGUUCCAGAUGCUGCUGGAGAAGGAGUGGCUCAGUUUCGGCCAUCGCUUCGCCUCGCGUGUGGGACACGGCGAUGAGAACCACGCUAACUCUGAGCGCUCACCUCUGUUUGUGCAGUUCAUAGACUGUGUUUGGCAAAUGAGCAGACAGUUUCCCUCAGCGUUUGAGUUCAAUGAGCUGUUUCUCAUUAUGGUGCUGGACCAUCUUUACAGCUGCCUGUUCGGGACGUUCCUCUACAACAGCGAGCAGGAGCGUGUCUCAAAGGAGGUAUACAGCAAGACAGUGUCGCUGUGGUCAUACAUAAACAGUCAGGCAGAGGACUUCAUCAACCCGCUCUACGUGAAUUACGAGCACUACGUCCUGUACCCAGUGGCCAGCCUCAGGUGUCUGGAGCUCUGGGUGAGCUACUACGCGCGCUGGAACCCCCGCAUGAGGCCCCAGGUGCCGGUUCACCAGAACCUGAAGGAACUGUUAGUUAUGAGGGCAGAGUUGCAGCGAAGAGUGGAAGAGCUACAACGAGAAGCCUCUUCAUCUCACACACUCUCCUCAUCCUCAGAUCUCGGGGGAACUGCUAUGCAUACCACUACCUGAAGACAAAAUCGACGUUUUUACUGCAAAGGUUGUCCGCUGCGUAAACGAGGCCAGCGAUUGACUGCGUGUCGUUUGAAAUAGGAGUGCGCCACACGGGCGUUCCUGCUGUUCGCAAAACUAUAUGAUAAAGUGAUGGAUGAUCAAUAUCAUGUUGGAUUAUCAAUAACGUGAUCUGAAGUGUAAAGCAACACUCUCUACGCUCUAACGCUCUGCACUGGUUAUAGGAUUCUGAAGAGGGGACUGUGGACUAGUGUUAUAAGCUUCUUUAUAUAUAUAUAUAUAUAUAUAAAAUUGAAGUUAUAUUUUGUAAGAUUUAUGAAUAUUGGGACUUCUCGACGGUUUAGUUUAUUCCAUUUUAUAUGUAAAAAAAUAUAUAGCGAUUACGUAAUGUUUAAAUUACAGUGCAGUUUGACAACUGGGAUAAAAUUAUUUGCAUAUGUGCCUUUUGAAAACCUGUAAUAUGAAAAGCUGUAAUAUGCCAUACAUAUUUUUUUUCUUUCAUUUAGCCUAGGCUUUAAAUUAUAUAAAGGUUUGUAUAUUUUAAAUAUUUGUUUACUUUAGCAGUUUAGCAGUGUUUUUCCAGCACCAUUGGUUGUAAAACAACUCUUAAUUAAUUGCUUUGUAAUUUUCCUUUCAUUGUCUUGAUUUAAGGAAAUAUGGUUUCUAUCAACAUAAUCAUUCUUUGGUAAAAGCAAAGAUAAUAAUGAUCAACUGAAUCAGUUGUUUAAACCAAUAAUUAAAAUGUGUUAAACGUAUUUACUAUAUGUAUGAUCAUAGUAUGCCAGUAUCUUAAAAAUUGACAGAAAUAUUUGCAUAAACGUUUCUUUGAAAUAAAAAAUUGUAGCUGUU